AUGGUAAACGAAAAUCUUGUAAAUUUAAUAAACAAAAAACCAAUUGAAUUAGUCCAAGAAUUAAAAGAUUAUGAAAUUAAGAAAUCUCCUUUAUCUCCGGCUGCUAGGGCAAAGGUAAUUAAUAAAAGUGGUAGUGGUUAUGUGAGUGAAAAUAAAGAAGGAUAUGGACCUUGCACUAGUUCUAAUUGUAAAUGUUCUGUAGAAGAAUUGCAAAGACAAUAUUGGCAAAACCAACUUCGAGAACAAGAAAGAGUGCGAAAUCGCACUUUUAAAAUCAAAUUAAAAGUCUUGGGAAGUUAUUACUUUUAUACUGAUAAGGAAUAUAUAAAAAAUAAAGUAAGUAUAUCAAACAUUGAUGAAGCAAGAGAAUUUUGUCGAGAUUUAGAAUACGGAAAUAUAUACAUUUCAUACGAGGGGCAUAGUUUUCUUCAUCACGAUCCGCAACCUGAUUCUGAAAGAACCAAUCGAACUAUUGGUUAUCUUAACGAUGAGUUCAAAGAUAUUUCGCUUGAAAAAUAUAGUAAAGAAAGAGAUUUGGUAGAAAAAAUAGUAUCUUCUUUAUUGCCUCAACAGGAUGUAAAGAUUAGGUUUGUAGACAACCACAAGGAGACAGUGGAGGAAUUAGGAUAUGUCAUUAAGGGCAAGGGUGAUAAUCGAUGUGUUAGUUUUGUUAUUGAACCAAUCAUUGAAAAAGAGAAAACUAAUCCUGGCUUUUUUUGCGACAUAAUUGCCCACGAAUUAGCCCAUGCUUCUAAAGAAGUAUUCGAAAAUCCUCAGCAUGUUCCUCACUCAGAGAAAUUUUUUGUAGGAGUAGGUCAUGAUAAAAUUUGGCAUGAUAAAUACGGUGAAUUUCAGGAAAAAAUUAAAAACGAAAAUUUAGCAGUAAAUUCGGGAUAUAUUGCUACUGGAAAGGAAACUAAAGGUGCAGUAGAUAUCCCUGUCUACAUUCAUAAAGCGAGGAGAAGCGAGUUUUCAGAGUUUAGAAAUAAGGAAUUAGCAAGCAUUCAAACAGGAGGUUUUUCGGCUAAUGUUGGAUAUGAUGGUGGUAGUAGUGUUUCAUUUGGUGCUGGUGGUGUUGAAGCUAAGGUAGCGGGUGUUGGUAAGACAUUAACAGGUGGGGCUAAUAGUAAUCCAAACAAACCUGAAAUAAUGGCUUGUGAAGAUUGUAAACCUCAAUUAAUGACUCCUGCUGGUUAUGAUCCCAAUGCUAAAGCAACUUGUCAAUGUGGUAAAACUUCUAAGCCUGCUUGA